UUCACCUUACGUGCAUUAAUUUAAUAACAUAAAAAAAUAUAUGUUACUCUUCUCCCCUCCCCCUCUUUUUCCCUUUUCUGGGAGGCAGUGGGGAGGUAGAGCGUACAGUUCGAUCCGGCGGGGAGGUGUGGGAUACCAGAUCAGGGGCCCCCCUUCUGGCACAGAAAUAACAGUUUAGCAUGAACCAGUGACACUGAUCAACCCUGGCAAUGCCUCCUUGGAUGAGGGUGUCUAGUGUAAAUGGCAAAACACCCAAUGAAUGCAUUGGGUAAAAGGAUUGUAACAUCUCCUUUUACUGAAUCAAGUAACUUCUUCAGUCUCCUCCUCCUUUAGUUUGUGUUUUAGUAUUGUUCAUGGUUCAGUUUCCUUGUUUUUCCAUGUCUCUCGUACAUGUAAAGUUAUGUCUCCAUGAUUAUUCAUGUCUCCCAGUUACUGUUAAUCUUGCAUGUCUUGAGUCUCUGUCUGUUUCCUGUUUUAUUUUGACAGUUCCAAGUGGUUGGUCCAUCUGAGCCAGUUGUGGCAAUAGUUGGUGAUGACACUGUGUUACCAUGCCAUCUGGAUCCUGCUGUGAAUGCUGCUGAUAUGACAGUAGAGUGGACACGAUCUGACCUCACACCUAAAUUUGUGCAUGUUUGGCGUGACGGCGUGGAGCUCGUGAAUAAAAAAAAUGAAGCUUACAUGGAAAGAACAUCACUACCCAUUAACAACCUGAAGCUCGGAGACAUUUCACUAAAACUCUCCAAAGUGAAACUGUCAGAUAGGGGAUCAUACAAAUGCUUCAGUCCUGCGCUUAGUGGACAAGCUAGUGUUGAGCUUGUUGUUGGUAAGUGGAGAUAUAGUCUUUGUACAGAAAGGUCAAAAUGAGAUCUAAUGUUGGAAAUCAUCAGUCAAUAUUUAGUUUAGAAAAAAAACAACAUUGUUAGUAGUAAAAAAUCAUAAGGGUAAAAAAUACAGAAUAGUAGAAUAGUGUUUUUCAUGUCACUGUUAAAUGGUUUAAAUACAGUUGGUGUACAAGUAUUCAGUGCAUUUGCAAUAAAUUUAAUGGCCCUUUAGUGUUGCUACUAGUUAUGGUGACCAAUGUGUUUUCCCUUUUCAA